AAGGCGGGAAAAAGCGGAACCAAAAGAAGGCUGAGGUGGCGCCAGAAACCAGAAGGGGAGGGUGGGCAGAAGGAAGAGCCGGCCUCCAGGUGACGAAGACCGGGCCUCCAGAGUAGGGGUGGCCCUUUGUCAGGCAGCAUCACGCCCAAGCCCCACCACCCCCAUUCCAGGUCCUUAAAGGGAAGACUCCGAUUCUAAGAAGCAGCCGAGCCCAGGGCGGGCCUGCAGCCCCUGACGGCAGCACCCAGCAGGCAGCACCUGGCAUCCCUACUCACACCCCCCGGGACGGCAGAAGCAGAGCAGCUGCCAUGCACAUCCCUGAAAGCCUCCAGGACCUGGCUGACAGUGAAGCCGUGCAGUUUCUGAAGAGGCCAAAGACGAUCACCCGGAUCAUUGCAGGGGUCUUCUCCCUCAUCGUCUUCUCUUCCCUGCUGACCGACGGCUACCAGAACAAGACCGAGUCUUCGAAGCUCCACUGCGUCCUCAAUAGCAACAAUGUGGCCUGCAGCUUCGCUGUGGGCGCCGGCCUCCUGGCCUUCCUCAGCUGCCUGACCUUCCUGGCCCUGGACGCCCACGAGAGCCACAUCGGCAACACCCGCUUCAAGACGGCCUUCCAGCUCCUAGACUUCAUCCUGGCUGUCCUGUGGACAGGCAUCUGGUUCGUGGGUUUCUGCUUCCUGGCCAAUCAGUGGCAGCAUUCACCACCCAAAGUGUUCCUCCUGGGAAGCAGCAGCGCCAAGGCCGCCAUCGCCUUCGUUUUCUUCUCCAUCCUCAUCUGGAUGUUCCAGGCCUACCUGGCCCUCCAGGAUCUCCGGAAUGAUACUCCAGUCCCUUACAAGCGCUCCCUGGAUGAGGGUGGCAUGGUGCUGACCACCCUCUCCCUGCCUUCUGCCGCCAGCCCUGUUAACACGCCCACCACUGGCCCCAACAACCUGAGUUAUGCCAGUUCUGCCCUGUCCCCCUCUCUGACCACUCCGAAGGCCCCCCGCCUCGCUAUGAUGCCCGACAACUGAAUAUCCUCCUCCACAUCAGUAAAGAGAUAAUCCUCCCUCCCGAAGGGUUUCUG